AUGCGAUUUGCAGUGGUGCAGACGUCCGUGCCGCAAAACGAGGCUGAGCUGCAGCUGUACAGGGUGAUGCAGCGUGCCUCGUUGCUGGGAUACUACGACACACUCCUCGAGAUGGGAGGCGACGACGUGCAACAGCUGUGCGACGCGGGUGAAGAAGAGUUCCUGGAGAUCAUGGCACUGGUGGGCAUGGCAAGCAAGCCACUCCACGUCAGGAGGCUUCAGAAAGCUUUGCAGGAGUGGCUGACUAAUCCUUGUAAAGUAUCACGCUUUACACACACAUACAUUCUCUCUCUUUCUAUACGAUUCCAAAUUGUUCCCCAUUCGUUGUUCCAAACGCCGGUCGUGCCGACGAACGCAGCUGCCGCCGCCGCCGCCGUCGUCGCUGCCGCAGCGGCCGCCAAGAGUCCGGUCGCCGUCGCCUCCACCGCCGUGGGGUUUGCGUGCGCGAGCCCGCGGCCGCAAAUGCAGAGCCUGCCAACCGGCUUCGCCGCGACCUCCCAGACCUCCUUGACACCGACGUCCUACGUGUCGACAACGCCCCACAUGCCGUUGACGCCCUUACCCUGCCGAAGCGCCAGCCCGGUCGUGCCGGUCACCAGUGUAUCGGCAUCGGCGUCCUCCACCACCUUCCGCCAGAGUCCGAGCCCGAACACGUCCUUACCUUACACGACUACUCACAGUCCCAAUGUGUUACAGGUAGGAACGUGCGAGUCUUCGUGCGGCAGCGGAACCACGCCAAGUCCAAGUGGCGGUGGCGGCGGUGGUGCACCUGCAAGCCCGACACAGCCAACGCCGACCCUCCUGCAGUCACAGGUGCAGCGGCUCGCCGAGGCCGCGGAGAGACUCGUCGCUACCAUAAGGCCCCUCGAUCCCAAACCCCACAACGUGAAGAAAAAACUCUGCAAGAAGCUGGAGAUGGUAAUGACGAUGUCCGAUAGUGAUCCGCGCAAAAUGGACGAGAUCCGUAAGUACGCGGCGAUUUACGGUAGAUUCGAUUGUAAGAGAAAGCCGGAAAAGCCUUUGACGUUGCAUGAAGUGUCGGUGAACGAGGCUGCGGCGCAAAUCUGCAGAUUCGUGCCUGCCCUCCUCACUAGGAGAGAUGAACUAUUCCCUUUAGCGCGUCGUGUCGUUCGUGAUUCCGGUUACCAUUACUCCAAAAGCCAAUACUUGUCGAUGUCGAGGCCGCGCGAGAACGGGGAGGAGACCGAUUGCGAACGCUCGAAACGCCAAAAACUCGAGCUGGAGGAUGAGGGUGAGGGUGAGGAUGCGACGCAGGAGGAGUUAGAUCUACGCUGUUCUGGAACGGAUAUUAACAAUUCUAUCACGAGAAGACACAGAUCGUCGAGUCCAGUCUGGAGGAAGAAGAAUAAUAACGGUAUCUUUAGCGCUAGCGUAGAAGAAAUUAGUGACUCGGAUAGCCAAUUUUCCUUUUCUAACGAAGAAUCUUCGUCUAUGCACGAUACAAACGAGGCGGAGGCUGAGAACACCGACAAAGAAAGCGAUUUCAAUCUAAAGGUGAUAGCCUCGCGCGGAGACAACAUAAUCGCCGUGGCGAAUCCUGCGCUAAUGGAAUGCAGCCAUCCUAUAAAAGAGGAGCCCGCGGACGAAAAACCCACACUGUGAUAUUAUUACUUAGCGUUUACUGCCGCUAUCGACGUCACGGCGACGUGAAUGACGGCAUCCCGUCGGUCAUCGCCGUUA